AUGCCAGGGCCUUCGCCAGGGCUGCGCCGAGCGCUACUCGGCCUCUGGGUUGCCUUGGGCCUGGGGAUCCUCGGCCUCUCAGCGGUCGCACAGGAGCCCUUCUGGGCGGACUUGCAGCCGCGCGUGGCGCUGGUGGAGCGCGGGGGUUCGCUGUGGCUGAACUGUAGCACCAACUGCCCGCGGCCGGAGCGCGGCGGCCUGGAGACCUCGCUGCGUCGGAACGGCACCCAGAGGGGGCUGCGCUGGCUGGCGCGGCAGCUCGUGGACAUCCGCGAGCCGGAGAGCCAGCCCGUCUGCUUCUUCCGCUGCGCGCGCCGCACGCUCCAGGCGCGUGGGCUCAUUCGCACUUUCCAGCGACCCGAUCGCGUGGAGCUGGUUCCGCUGCCUGCCUGGCAGCCCGUGGGGGAGAACUUCACCCUGAGCUGUAGGGUCCCCGGCGCCGGACCCCGGGGAAGCCUCACGCUGUCUCUGCUGCGGGGCACCCAGGAGCUGAUCCGCCGUCGUUUCUCCGGAGAGCCGCCCCGAGCGCGGGGCGCGGUGCUCACCGCCACCGUCCUGGCGCGGAGGGAGGAUCAUGGCGCGAAUUUCUCCUGCCGUGCCGAGCUGGAUCUGCGGCCGCACGGCCUGGGAUUGUUCGCAAACAGCUCAGCCCCUAGAGAGCUCCGAACUUUCGCUCUGCCGCUUGACCCCCCGCACCUCACCGCUCCCCGGCUCUUAGAAGUCGGCUCCGAGAGGCCUGUGAGCUGCAGCCUGGACGGGCUGUUUCCAGCCUCAGAGGCUGAGGUUUACCUCGCGCUGGGAGACCAGAGGCUCAGUCCUGAUGUCACCCUCCAGGGCGACGCCCUGAGGGCCACCGCCACCGCCACCGCCGGCCACGAACACGAGGGCACUAGGCAGCUAGUGUGCAACGUGACUUUGGGGGGCGAGAGCCGCGAGACCUGGGAAAACGUGACUGUCUAUAGCUUCCCAGCGCCCCGCCUGGCGUUGAGCGACCCUAACGCGCCCGAGGGGCAUUUGGUCACCGUGACUUGCACUGGCGGGGCUCAGGCGCGGGUCACGCUGGAGGGAAUUCCAGCGGCUGUCCCGGGACAGCCGGUCCAGCUGCAAAUCAACGUCACCGAAGACGACGACAAACGUGACUUCUUCUGUGAUGCCGCCCUCGAGGUGGACGGGGAGACGCUGAGCAAAAACGAGAGCGCCGAGCUUCGCGUCCUGUAUGCUCCCCGGCUGGACGACUCCGGCUGUCCCAGGAGCUGGACGUGGCCCGAGGGCCCCGAGCAGACGCUGCGCUGCGAGGCCCGCGGGAACCCCGCGCCCUCCGUGCACUGCGCGCGCCCCGACGGCGGGGCGGUGCUGGCGCUGGGCCUGCCCGGGCCGGUCACCCGCGCGCUCGCCGGCACCUACCGCUGCACGGCGGCCAAUGCGCAGGGCCAGGCGGUCAAGGACGUGACGCUGACCGUGGAGUACGCACCGGCGCUGGACAGUGUGGGUUGCCCCGAACGUCUUACGUGGCUGGAAGGAACAGAAGCGUUGCUGAGCUGUGUGGCCCAGGGGGUCCCGCCGCCCCACGUGAGCUGCGUGCGCUCCGGGGAGGUGGCCAGGGUCGAGGGGCCCCUGCGGGUCGCCCGGGAGCACGCGGGCACGUACCGCUGCCAGGCCACCAACGCCAGAGGCGCAGCAGCCAAGAACGUGGUUGUCACCGUGGAGUAUGGCCCUCGUUUUGAGGAGCUGAGCUGCCCCAGCAACUGGACCUGGGUGGAAGGAUCUGGAAAGCUGUUUUCCUGUGAGGUGGACGGGAAGCCGGAGCCAAGCGUGGAGUGCGUGGGACCCGAGGGUGCCAGGGACGGGGUGGCGCUGCCGCUGGCCUCCUCCAACCCGGGUCCCCGGAACCCCGGGAGCCCCAGCGACCCGCCGCCCGGCGUCUACCUCUGCAACGCCACCAACCGGCACGGCUCGGCCAUCAAAACCGUCGUCGUGAGCGCGGAGUCACCGCCUCAGAUGGAUGAGUCCAGCUGUCCAAGUCACCAGACGUGGCUGGAAGGGACGGAGGCGGCGGCGCUGGCCUGCGCCGCCCGGGGCCGCCCCGCCCCACGCGUGCGCUGCGCCAGGGACGGCGCGGCGCGGCCCGAGCGGCGGCGCGUGUCCCGCCAGGACGCGGGCACCUAUCGCUGUGUGGCCACCAACGCCCACGGCACGGACUCCAGGACCGUCACCGUGGGCGUGGAAUACCGGCCGGUGGUGGCCGAGCUGGCCGCCUCUCCCCCGAGCGUGCGACCCGGCGGGAACUUCACCCUGACUUGCCGCGCCGAGGCCUGGCCUCCCGCCCAGAUCAGCUGGCGCGCGCCCCCGGGGGCGCUCAACCUCGGCCUGUCGAGCAACAACAGCACCCUGAGCGUGGCCGGCGCCCUGGGCAGCCACGGCGGCGAGUACGAGUGCGCAGCCACCAACGCGCACGGGCGCCACGCGCGGCGCAUCACGGUGCGCGUGGCCGGUCCCUGGCUGUGGAUCGCUGUGGGGGGCGCGGCCGGGGGCGCGGUGCUGCUGGCGGCGGGGGCCGGCCUGGCCUUCUACGUGCAGUCCACGGCCUGCAAGAAAGGCGAAUACAACGUGCAGGAGGCCGAGAGCUCGGGCGAGGCCGUGUGUCUCAAUGGCGCAGGCGCAGGUGCCGGGGGCGCAGGCGCGGACGGGGGCGCCGACAGGGGGGGCGCGGCCGAGUCCCCCGAGGGAGGGGAGGUCUUCUCCAUCCAGCUGACGUCGGCCUGAGCCUGCACCCCUCUCCCCGCGGGCCGGGGGCCGCCCCCUCCCCAGACGCACACGAUGGGGGGGGCUUAUUUAUUGUGGUAUUUAUUCAACUUCAGGGGC